AUGUCAGACCGUCCAUCAUCCAAACGACAUGCUUUCUUCGAACCGAACUUGGAAAUCUCCCCACAGGACAUCGAAUAUUUCGCCUCCCUCCCAUUCGCUUCACCCUACUUAAACAGUCCAUUUUACGAGCCGGUCCCAUUCAUUACCCGAUACGAUACAAAAGCCACCUCCAAUAAGUUCUUCAGCAAGGUGAUCAACACCGCCGAGACAAUCCCACACUUGCUGGCCCUAGUUCGAGUGCCAGACUCGAAAUCAAAUCAGACCACAGAUCAACGCGACAAUGCACACCCAGAUUUUGUGGUUUUUGUUUCUCUGGGCCCCGACCUAUGCGGUUUCCAGGAUACAGUCCACGGCGGAGUCUUGGCUGCCCUGCUUGACGAAGCUCUAGGUUUGUGUGCCGAGUCGACAGAGUUGGUUUCAAAAGGUCAUACGCGGCUGUACACCGCUGGUCUUGAGAUUUCGUAUCGCUCCCCUGUGCCUGUGCCGAGCGUUGUUAUGAUCAAAACAUGGGUUACGAAGAGGCAGGGCAGAAAAUGGUUCUUGGAAGCACAGGUCCUUGAUCAAGAGGGAGCGGUGAAGGUAGAGGCUAAAACAUUCCUAUGUCCCUUAUGUGUGUUUAGCGGUUCAAUAUCUUUACUAUUUUUCUAUAUUGAUCGCCUCGCGACCAAUGUACAAUCUGACCCCAAACAAUUGCGGUGUACAUACUUUAACAAUGGACAUUGGGAACUUCAGAGAAACCAAAUAGGACGUCCGGAUUCCUAA